UUAAAAAAUACUUUAAAUCUAUUAAAUUUCUUCACAAGUUUUUUUCCCAAAAAGUUUCUUCGACGCUCAUAAAAAUAAUUAACUACUUAAUUUAAAACAUAAAAUGUUAGUCUUAAUGCAAGAAGUAGCAUGAGAUAUUUUCAAUGUAAUUAGUUUUAUAAAUUUAGUUAUCAAAAUAAUUAAAGCGAAUAUUAUAUAUUUACAGAAAUGUAGGAUUCUGAAAUACUAAUAUAUUCUAUUUCUAAAAAAACAAACAUUUCAAACCAAAUUUCGCAAAUCGCUCUCCAGUUACUUUGUAAAUGCCAUAAACUUUUAAAUACUUCAAUACUAUAUUGAGAACAAAACUGUUAUUGUCUUUUUAAUUGGGGCUUAGAAACAUUGUUGUUUUAAGUUUCCCUCUCUCACAUGCUUUACUUUUUGCCUUUUGCAAUUAAAAAUAAUUUGUUUAUGAUUUAAUUCGCUCAAAGUCAACAAGCCAAUAAAGAGUGGCUUGUUAGGUACAUACAUACGAGUAUAUAAUAUGUACAUAUUUUCGAUUCAACGUAGUGUGACAAACUUCACUUCACGUGAUAGGCGAAUUUUAGGCUGACCACAUAGUGAGUACCAUGAACGAUGCAACAAUAAUAGCAAAGUCAAAUUUACGAAAGGAUGGCAGGUCUGUAAAAAUAUAUAACAGUCCAGACCAGAUAAAAUCAUCUUUAUUCGAUGUUUAUUUUAUUAAUUCACGCAGUUUAUUUGAAAUUUUAGUACCAAAAUAUUUUUUAUAAGUUCAAAAAGUACUAAAUAUAAUUAUAAUCAUUCCACAAACAGAGAGUGAAACAUCUUUACAUAAGACUCAUUUCCAUAUAAGUUAAUGAGAAAAGGAAUCACUCUUAAUUGAAAUGCUUUGUCGAAAUAAUUAGUAUACUCGAAUGUGUCUAUAUUCGGGUUGUCAGCUGAUAUGCUACGCAGCGACGAAAGCGGCUGGCAGAUGCCAGCUGUUAGCUGCCGAGUGACAUGUCAAAAUGCUGUCUAUUGUUAUUUGAUUAGAUGGGCUGUGAAAAAGAAAAUUAUUCAAUUAUUGGCGCUAUGUAAUAGAGGCUCGUUACAGUAUUUAUGGCAUGACAUCAUAACCAGCAUUAAGUAAAAUAAUUUCGUAUAUGCUAAUUUGUAUUACAAAGUAACCAAUUGGAGGAUAGUUGCAAAAGUGAACACACUUUAUGUCAUUGCUUCAUGUACGGUAUACUCUGGAUAAAUCAUACUAGUUACAAAUUAACAGAAAAAAUAAUUUAGUCAUGAAUUGGAAGCUGAAACUCGGUUUUGUUACUGCUAGUAGAGACUUUGAACUGAAUCACUUUGUUUUUUUUUUUUAAUUUCGGAAGUUUAAUCUUAAAAUAUAAGAUAUUUAAAUUCGGUUUUAAAAUUUGUACGGUUUCUUACGUUCUUUAAUAAUCAAAUGUUUAAUAAUUUCACUCUUAACUCAACAAGGGAGUCUUUUAAUCGGUUUUGUUCUCUACAUAGUCAACAAGAAAAACUGUGAUUUGUUAGUUAACAUUUUUUUACCAUCCACCCAGUUUCUGAAUACAGUACAUCAGAAGCACAUCUACAUUGAUUUUAAUUUUCUGAUGGGCACUUUUCAUAAACUUCUUUGAUAAUAUCAUCAUUUUGUCGUUCUCUACGAAGAAAGUUUGAAAUUGUUUUUAUUGACUAGUUGUUUUAUUAAGUCAUGUCGGUUUGGCCACAAUGGAGCCACACAAAUACAAAUACAAGUAAUUACUGCGUGUGGAUUUGAAUACGUUAUAAUAAGGUUUCCUUUUUAUACUCUUGGAACAUGUUGCUACAGAGUAUAAUAGUUUUGUGCACCUAACGGUUGUACGUAUCACCUAAAACUAAUAAGAAUGACGAGAUGAGUUGAAAUUGUAAAAAUUAAUCAAAUCGAACCAGAACCCCGCUCACUCACCAUAUAACGGUGCUAAUAAACACUACUAAAAGCGCGAUAAAUCAAUAACUAAAUACGCCAGAGACAUAAAAUUAUAUACUCGAGAUGAUAUGAGAGGGCUUAAUAGAAGUCGGGGUAAAACUGAACGAUAGGCGUGGCAACGCUCACUUUUAGGUGAAGUUAUAUAUUUCGGUACCUUUCCCGGCCGAUUUUAACCAAAUUUGGUACGUGGCAUUCCCCUCAUUUUUCAAAGCUUUGUAUGCACAGUAUUUUCAAGGUAUGCCACUAAUGACCAAAAAUUGUGCAAAUCCAACCAAAACUAUUCAAGCCCCUAGGUACAAGUUGAUGGAGUAUAAAAUGUUCGGUUGCACGCGAACUUAGCUCUUCCUUACUUGUUUUAUUAUAUACACACGCAUUUAUUUGCAUAUAUACAAGUAUUUCCUUUUAGAUUAAUGUGUAUAUAUAAACUGACUUGCGAGGGAAUGAUAAUUCUUUCCGAAGAACUUGUCUUCACGAUAAAUAUGUUGUUGGUAUUAAGCGUAUGUAUACCAUAUAAUAAUAAUAGGUAAAUAGAAUGUAGGCAAGUCACUAAAAGUUCCAUUUCCAUGCGGUUUUUAAAUUAUGAAUUUAUUUCGCCUAAUAAAUAACAGAAAUGUAUUAAGUAUCUAUACACAUACAUGCAUAUACAUAUGUACAUACACAUACAUAUGUACGUGCAAAUUCGAUUGCACCAAUUUUUCAUAUUGAGAUAACUAAAAAGCGAAAUGAAAAUUAUUUAUGUGCUAUUUGGCUGUACGUUAACAAUUGCGCUUCGCCAUUAUUUACAAAUAAACGUACAUUUGCAUGUGCUCACACAAACACACAAUGAACAAUAUAUAAAUACCUACUAAAAAGUAAUCUUAAUUAAUUUGCUUUAUUUUUCCUUUUCUUAACACGAGCCACAAGCCACUAAGUUAGAGAGUGAAAUAUUUUUAGCUGUGAAGAGGAGAGUGUGAUCAAAAAACCCAAAAACAAAAAAUAAAAACAAAAUCAAAAUUCGAACGCACCGAAAAGUCGUUGUUGAAUUUCCUUCGAUUUUCAUUUGUUUUUAUUGAUUUUUGCAUUAUUUAAUGCCUCGUUGUAUAAUUCAUAAGCCAAUUAGAUUACAAGUUGUUAUCAUUAGCGAAUGCAUUAAGCAUUAACUUGCUCAUAAUUUGAUAAUUUUUUUUCAGUUUAUAUAAGCAUGCAUCUGUUUGAAGAGUGAUUUCUCAAAACAAGCGCAGUUUUAGGUUAUAAACGUUUUGAUUUUUAAAUAUAAGUGCAAGCGUAUUAUUUUUUGCUUUCGAGUUUUAAAGACUGUAUAAGAGAAUAUAUCUGUGAUUAGAAAGAGCGUAGCUGUAGCACAGUUAAGCAAGAAAUAAGGUACUAUAAAAUAUUGAAGUUGUACAUUCUUUAAUUCCAUAAGAUAUUAUAUAGUACUGGAUAUUAAUUGCAAAGGACGAGUUUAAAAUUGGCACUCAGAAAGCAAAAAUUUCCUCCAAUUGCUAUUCUCAUACUGAUUAUUCAGAAAUUUGAGAUUAAAAAAAAAAAAGAUUUGAGAUUUAGUAUUAUAUUCUUAUAACUAAAUACAUAGAUUCAAAUCAAGCUAUUAUAAAUUAUAAAAUUUAGAAAAUUGACGAAGCUCAAACUUAAACUCGUAUAGGUUUUAGCUGUAAAGAUCGUGAUUCUGGUUAAGGCCAAUGAACGGACCCGGCGAUAUUCCAUUGAAUGAGAACAGUGGCACCCCUGACACAAAAUCCUGCAGUAUAAUAUCUGUAAUUCCCACAUUAGGCAUGUCAUCAUGUCGUGGUAGAGCCGAGGCUUUUGCACGUAGUUUAUCAUCGAAGUUACGUACAUUGGGCACACAGAAUGACGAUGGCGAAUUAUCGCCUGAGGAGGUGUCGAUAAUUAAUGAAAACAACACAACCAAUACAUGGAAAACCACAAAUGACUCCGAACAGGCGGUGACAGACUUGCAACCACUGCGCCAUGAGUCCGAUUCGUUCUUUGAUUUUGACUGUGAGCUGGAAAGUCCAGGUAGCCCGGUGGAUGAGUGUGAAUAUUUGCGACUAAUAGAGACAGCAUCGAAUACACCACACAAUUCGGCGGCUGAGUCGGGAUGUGUUUGUGCGUCGACCUCGAGUAGUCGCGGUUCCACAGAUGUGCAGUACUUUGAUCAUAUACACAAUGAGCAAACGUUAAACGACGCACCCGAAUUUUCGCCUACACUACACAAUGGCUACGGCACGAAUGACCAAGUCCAUGACCACCAUGACAACGUGUCUACAGAAAACAGCAAAACUGAGGACGAUGUCGACAAUGCAGCGGUUGUAAAUAAGGAACUAUCCGAAGAACCUUUGGUGGAGGCGCAGAAACAUGACGAAACUUUAACACCUGUGGAUUUGGCAAAUAUACAAGAUGAGAUUAUCAAUGAACUGCAAGAACACAGCGCACGUAUUGGAAAUAUUAUUGAAUCCAUGCAAAUUCAAACAAAUAACGAAAAUAACAGUACUGCUUCCGAAACUUUGCACACUAAUCUCUCUAAUGGCGACACUGAAACUGAUGCACACAGAAAUCUUGACAAUAUUGAACAAUUGCACACUGAAACGACUGAAACUAGCAAUACGGAAAAAACCGCCCAAAACGAAGUACAAAUAGGGUUAGACACAAACGAGUCCACCCGUACAAGCACUCAGGAAACCACUGAAACUAAACAACUGCACAACAAAACCAAAGAUGAGAAAUCCACAUUCGAUGGACACGAAGAGGAUGAAGACGAUUGUCGGCCGCAACGUGUGCGCCGCUGCUCAUCACUGAAAACCGGUAAAACACCACCGGGUACACCAGGUCGCAAGAAGAUUGUGCGUUUCGCAGAUGUACUAGGUCUCGAUUUGGCCGAUAUCAAAACGUUUCUCGACGAAAUACCAACCAUACCGAAAUCUGCAUUUGAAGAUUUGGAAGUGUUGGAAUCGGAACCGCCCAUACAGCUCGGACCAAAAUCUGAUAAGCUGCUCAUGCCGCUCUUUCAACAGCCCGGUGGACUGCCGAACUUUUUAGAUCUUGUGCGCGAAAAACAAGUUUCAUUGGAGAACGCCGCGGUAACGGAUCACAUCAAUCAGACGAUUACCGGCACUGUGCGUGUACGCAAUUUGGACUUCAACAAGUCAGUGCACAUACGUUAUACGCUGGAUAAUUGGCGCAGCUAUGCCGAUCUGCAGGCAAACUAUGCUGAAAACUCUUGUGACGGCUUUUCAGAUAAAUUUACCUUUUAUCUCUUUGGUAAUUCUUUGCAAAUUGGUCAGCGCAUUGAGUUUGCUUGUCGUUUCCAAUGUAAAGGCCAACAGUUUUGGGAUAACAACUAUGGAACUAAUUACUGCUUCCAAUGCUUGCCAGCAUCAAGUCCUGCUAGUGCCACCACGCAUCCAAUACACGUGCACACGACUACAAGUCACACAGCUGGGUUGUUCAGCCCCACGGUCGGUGAUGCAUGGUGUAGCUCCUUCUACUAGGCACCUGAGACAUAUUGAGAGAAAAAUGUUAAAAAAAAAAAAACCAAA